GAUUCAGCACAUCAGUGUUCGAAAUCCUUUUUCAACAACAUGGGGCACGCCGUUCUGGACUGGAUGGUCCUGCAUCCUGCUAUCUCCACUUCCGUAGCUGCGAUUUCCGUCUACAUUCUCUUUAAUUAUGUACGUCAAAAGCAUCAACCUGUGCUCUCAAGUCUCAAACGUCCAAUCAAUGCACCAAACAAGCUUCCGCUUCUCGGCCACACUAUUCCCUUUACACUAGACACCCCCAACUUCACCACGAUGCUUACCAAACGCUUCCACGGCAUUCCCCUCCGUCUCCGCCUCCUCGCCACGGACAUCGUCUACCUCACAUCUUCCGAGCACGUCGCCGCCCUUUUCCGUCAAUCCAGCGAAGUCACCAACCGCCCGUAUCGGAAAUGGGUCAACUCGACGUUCAGCGUCCCCAAGGAAUUCCAGAACUUCUUCUACGCAGAUACUACGGGGAUAUCGCGGACCCCUCUCCCGGGAACUGAUACAAAGCCAGAGAACCGCGUAGAGUAUAUAAUGCAUUCGCUGCUGGUCGAGUUCUUGACCGGGUCGAGGUUGCAGGCGCUCGCGGCGCGGUUUACUCUGAAUAUGGAAGAUCGGCUACGAAAAUGUGGAAGUGUAGAUGCAGAUGCAGAUACCGAGCAUGACUGCCUCUAUCGAUUCGUCAAGCACAGUAUCUUCCAUUCCUCGGUCAAAGCAUUGUUUGGAACUGGCUUAUUCGACAUCGAUCCCGAGUUCUCCACGCGGUUCUGGGACUUCGAGAUGGGGGUUCCCGAGCUGGGGAAAGGGCUGCCGCGAUUCGUAUACCCCAGCCAACACCGCGCGCGAGACGCGUGUCUCGAAACCGUGCGGGCGUGGCACGAAAACCUAGAUAAGAAAAGAACCGCUGACCCUGAUCUCGCGGCCCGACUCUCACAGCAGGACUACGACGAUACAUUCGGGAGCUGCAUUGUCAAAAAGCGACAUGCGGCGUUUUCGAGAAUGGACGUCAUGAGCAUCGAUGUAAGAGCAGCUGAGGACUUUGCGCUGAUCUGGGGAAACGCGAAUACGACGCACGCCACGUUCUGGCUGAUCCACGCGAUUGUGCGAAGCAGCAGCACGCUCGAGCGCUUCCGGUUUGAGAUACAGAAAGUGGAGGUGCGGGGUGAGGGGGGAUUUACGACGUACGAUGUUGACGCUCUAUGUGCGAUUCCGUUUGUGCAGUCGUUGUAUGCUGAGACGUUGCGUUUGUAUGUAUGCAACAUUAUCCUGCGGACGCCGCAUUCGCGGACGCUCUCGAUAGAUGGGUGGGGGGUUCAGAAGGGUGAGAUUGUUGCUGCGGUUACAUAUCCGAUGCAUAGAGAUAGCUCGCGGUUCAAUACAGGGAGUGAGAAAGAUCCACGCCCGCUUGAUGAGUUCUGGGCUGAGAGGUUUUUGGUUAAGAGUGGAGUAGAUCGCGAUGGUGUUGAAUUCUCGCUGAAAGGCAGCGAAGACGCCUGGUUUCCUUAUGGUGGAGGGAGCAGUAUCUGUCCCGGUCGGUUUUUUGCCAAACAGGAAAUGCUGGUCACGGCUGCUUUGUUGAUUGGGAACUACGACGUUGUGUUGGCCUCGAAAGAGGUAGAGAUUGAUUGGAGGUAUUUCGGGACGGGCGUCUUGGGUGUUAAAGGUAAGCAGCCUUUCCAGUUGCGAUCGAGGGCGAGACUUUGA